GGUGCUGGGACUUCAUUCAAAGUCCGCAACGCAUUCAGUUAACACGAAAAACCAGUGUCUGCGUAAAAUAAAAAGUACUGAACUAAUCAACUAAAAACAACAAUGUCUACACAACCAACGCUUACCAACACUGGUACCGGUGCUCACUAUUUGGGCGGUAGCUUGAACGAGACUGCUGGUAACUAUCCUGGAGUGAACAUAACUUUUAGUUCUAUGCAAAUCGCACCCAAGGAAAGAAAACUGAGUGAAUUGAUUGUGGAGAAAACGGCUAAUAAGGAAUUUUUCUAUGGCAUCGAGUUGGCAGCUCGUCCAUACAACAACACUGAGCCACUGACUUUAGAUUACAACAGUUUUGGUCUGCUAAUGCCACUUUUCACAUCACUCAUUUGGCUUGGUCAAGAUUAUUACAGUGUGGAUCCCAUACAAGAUGUGGAGUCUGUACGAUUUGCCAGAAAAUUAACUCCACAAACCGUAGUCCUGCCGCAUUUCACCUGCUACCGCACCGAUCGUCAACGUCUGGAAGAUUUUUUGGCUUUAAAUUUUUCAAAUGUGUUGGCUUUGCGUGGGGAUCAAGUGAGCAGCGAUCAAGAAUUCCGGUAUGCGACUCAGUUGGUGGCGCAGAUAAGAGAAAUACGUGGAAAUAAUAUAUCAAUAGGAGUUGGGGGCUAUCCAGAAGGCCACCCCGAUUGUCCAACAAUUGAGGAAGAUAUACAGCAUCUCAAAGAAAAGGUGAAUGCAGGUGCGGAUUUUAUAAUCACUCAACUUUGCUUCUCGGCGGAAACUAUAAUUAAUUUCAUUAAAAAUUGUCGGGAAAAUGACAUCAACGUUCCUAUCAUCGUCGGUAUUUAUUCUCCAGAAAACUAUCGUACCCUAAUACGUUUAAUGGAGAUAACUAAAGUUACAAUGUCUUCCGAACAAGUUGCUGAGUAUAGACAACAUAGACACAAUCCAACAAAAUUUCAGGAGUUUGCAGUACAGAAGACUUUAGAAAUGAUCACGGAAAUAUUCGAUAGCGAUAUUGGCGUUUAUGGCUUGCAAUUUUUUUCACUUAAUAAAUUUAAUAAUAUUAAAGCAAUUUUACAAGAAAUGAAUGCAUUGGAAAAUAGAAUUGAAUGA